ACGAUCCAGACUACGCAUGCGCAACACCCGCUUGGCGCUGGUUCUCAGAUUCGCGCAAAUGACUGAAAGCAGCGGGGAGACAGGCUGGAGCUGAACGCUGGCUUGGUGGACGUCGUCCCAGCGGUGGAUUGAUACGUUUUUGUUGUUUUUGUUUUUGUCUCCGGACGUAGUCGGAAUGGCAGCGAGCACAGAGACCCCGGAGCCCUGGUACCUGGCCCUGCUGGGCUUCGCAGAACAUUUCCGCACGUCGAGUCCGCCGAAGAUCCGUCUCUGCGUCCACUGUCUGCAGGCGGUGUUUCAGUUCAAGCCGCCUCCGAGGGUCGAGGCCCGGACUCACCUCCAGCUGGGCUCGGUGCUUUACCGACAUACAAAGAACAGCGAGCUGGCCCAGACUCACCUGGAGAAAGCGUGGUUUAUAUCACAACAAAUCUCUCAAUUUGAAGACGUCAAGUUUGAAGCUGCGAGUAUUCUGUCGGAGUUCUACUGUCAACAGAAUUUGGUGGACUCUGCAAAACCAGUGCUGCGGAAGGCCAUCCAGAUUUCUCAGCAAACUCCAUACUGGCACUGUAGACUGCUCUUCCAGCUGGCACAACUGCACACACUAGAGAAAGAUUUAGUGUCUGCCUGUGACCUCUUAGGAGUGGGUGCAGAGUAUGCAAGAGUCAUGGGAUCCGAAUACACAAGAUCUCUGUUCUUAUUAAGUAAAGGGAUGCUGCUGCUGAUGGAGAGGAAGCUGAGCGAGGUGCACCCGCUACUGACGCUGUGUGGGACCAUUGUUGAAAACUGGCAGGGAAACCCCAUUCAGAAGGAGUCUUUGAGAGUUUUCUUCCUGGUGCUGCAGGUUACACACUACCUGGAUGCUGGACAGGUGAAGAGUGUGAAGCCAUGUCUGAAGCAGCUUCAGCAGUGUAUCCAGACCAUCUCCACCCUCCACGAUGAUGAGAUCCUUCCCACUAAUCCGGCAGCUCUCUUCCACUGGCUCCCCAAAGAGCAUAUGUGUGUGCUAGUGUACCUGGUGACAGUGAUGCACUCCAUGCAGGCGGGCUACUUGGAGAAGGCACAGAAGUACACAGACAAAGCGCUCAUGCAGCUGGAGAAGCUGAAGAUGCUGGACAACAGUCCCAUCCUGUCCACGUUCCAAGUCAUCCUGCUGGAGCAUAUCAUCAUGUGCCGGCUGGUUACUGGACACAAGGCCACAGCCUUACAAGAAAUUUCUCAGGUUUGUCAGCUCUGCCAGCAGUCACCCAGGUUGUUUACAAAUCAUGCUGCCCAGCUGCAUACAUUGUUGGGCCUUUACUGUAUCUCUGUGAACUGCAUGGAUAACGCUGAGGCACAGUUCACUGCUGCACUACAGAUGACAACACAUCAGGAGCUGUGGACAUUCAUUGUGACAAACUUGGCCAGUGUUUACAUCCGUGAAGGGAACAGACAUCAAGAGCUGUACAGCCUUUUAGAGAGGAUUAACCCUGAUCACAACUUUCCUGUCAGCUCUCAUUGUCUACGAGCUGCAGCGUUUUACAUCAGAGGGCUCCUGUCUUUCUUCCAGGGACGUUACAACGAGGCCAAAAGAUUUCUAAGGGAGACUUUGAAGAUGUCUAAUGCCGAGGAUCUAAACAGGCUGACAGCCUGCUCACUAGUCCUACUGGGUCACAUCUUCUUUGUUCUAGGCAACCACAGGGAAAGUAACAAUAUGGUGGUUCCUGCCAUGCAGCUGGCCAGCAAGAUCCCUGACAUGUCUGUGCAGCUCUGGUCCUCUGCUCUUCUCAAAGCAGAUCUGAACGAGGCCUGUGGAAACACCAUGGACGCCCACGAGGCCGCCCAGAUGCAUCAGAACUUUUCCCAGCAGCUCCUGCAGGACCACAUCGCAGCCUGCAGCCUUCCCGAACACAACCUCAUCAGUUGGACAGACGGCCUCCCCCCCGUGCAGUUUCAGCCUCAGAACGGACCUACAACCAGCCUGGCCGGCCUGCUCUGAGAACGAGAUGCCACACUGACAGGGAAAGUGAGACACACAGGAGCUGUUGCAGGAAGAGAGGAAAGACCGAAGCAGCUGAUAAAAUUGUAAGGAGAAAUCGAGGGUAAUGAAGUUAGAAAGAGAAGGCACACUGCGCUGUGUCAUUUGGCAGACUUCCAUUCGGUGCAUUCCUUCACUUAUUUGGGGCACUGGGGCAUCAGGGCUGGUUUUUAGGUAACAUAUUUUCUACCACCUCAAAACACAAUGAAAGAGUUAAAUGAGAAAAUUGCUCCCAGUGUCAGAUCUAUAUGGUAAAUCUGUUCUCUCUGGGGUUUAGCUAACUUAGUUUGGCACAAAGGCUGGAAACAGCCAGUGUGGUUCUGUGCAGAGGUAACAGAAUCCACCCAAUAGCAGCUGUGAAGUCGCUGAUUUACCGGCUCUAUUUACAGUAAAAUCGAAGUAUUUGUUUUGUUCUCAAAUGCUUAGCUUUUCCUGUUACACAAGUCUGUACCAUUCAUUUAGCUCAUCUCCUAACUUCUUUUUGCAAGACUAUCAGGGAAGUAUUUUAGCUAUGGGGACUGCAAAAGUAAAAUUUAAAAUUUUAAUAGAAGCUUUUUUUCUUGAAGGUCAAAUUACUGUUAAAUUUUAACCACCCACUGGCCAGUCAGAUACAGAGGAAUUGGAUGCAGUCUGUUGCUGUGCAUGAACCUAAUAUCUGCCUUUUCAAAGCACCGGAUGGCCAGUUCUGAUACAGUAUUAGUGAGGAUACGCAGAAUAUAUAUUAUACUAAAUAUCUGUAAUGAUCCUAAUGUAGUAUAGUGGUUUGUUUGAUAUGUACUUUGUUCACUCAAAAGGACAAACGUGUCUGUUGAGCUGAAGACCAUUCAGAAUUCGAGUUACUAGACCUUGGAAUGAGCUGACCAUAGAAACACUGACUUGCUUGACACCCGAUAGUAUUUAAAAAUGUUUUGAGACUGCGAUGCGUUAAAAAAAACUGUAUUUUUUGACACUACGGCUCAUUUAACUUGCCGCCUGACUGUUCUUUCCUUCAGAUUUUUGCCUUUUCACUCUCACCACAUUUUGUUCACAGUCAAGUAACAACAAUAAUAUUUCUACUAAAUAAGAUUGACUCUUGCCUCUCUGUACAUAUGUUGUUUCAUGAUGAAACUCACAUUUUUACCUUUUCCAUGGAAGCAUUUUUGAAUAAUAGUUUUUUCACUCAGUUCCUGUUUUACUCAUUUCUUCCAGACGAUGGCGGUAUGAAUCUGUAUUUAAAUAACUUAUUUAUUUAAUGAUGCUGAUUUUCUUUGCUGGUAUGGUUGGUUACAGUUUUGAUAUAUUAUCAAACACCUGGUAGGACUGUAAUUUAGUCAUGCCAAUGUAGGAAAUGUACAGUUUUAGUUUUAUAUAGUUACCACAGUUACACAGAUUUCUGCACUGAUAUUUUUUUUUAACCAAACAAACUACUGAGUUUGGUCAUCUGCAUCUUAAUUACUGCAAUAAAACCGAAUGACAUUUAUUAUAUUGACAUUUUACAGCAUGUUAUAAAAGGAAAUGUUUGAUUUGUGUUUUCCCCGUUCUCAUUUUAGCUGCUUAAAUUUGACACUUGUAUGACUUUUUUUAUAAAUAAAAAUUCAAAAAUUCAA